AUGGUACUUCCCACCCAUACUACCUCCCAUAACACCAACCCCACGGUGUCCAAUUCUAACAACCACCCCGAAACAGCCACAUCAAUCCCCCCCAAAUACCGCUGUCCACGCUGCUCAACCCGAACCUGCUCCCUACCCUGCACAAGACGCCACAAACUCUGGUCCCAAUGUUCCGGCGUCCGUGACCCAGCCGCAUACCUCAAGCGCAGCGAACUAGCCACCGCGUCCGCCUUCGACCGGGACUUUAAUUUCAUUUCUGGCAUUGAGCGCUCGCUCGAGCGUGCCGAGCGCGAUGCGGAGAAUCGCGGUAUCGAUCUCGCGCAGACGGCUGCUGAGUCUGCCGAUGCUGGUGGCGGUGGCGGUGGUGAGCAGGCGCAGAAUACUGGCGCUGUCGCUGGACAGAAAAGAAAGCACCCUGGUGGAGGUUUGGUCAAGGGUGAGGCCGGUUUCUUGCGUGGUGCCGAGGCUGGUGGUGUGAGAGUUGUUAGGGCGCCUAGGGGAAUGUCAAGGAAUAAAGCUAAUGGGUCGAGGUGGCAUCCCAAGCAUAAAUGUUUGAGUUGGUCUGUCGAGUGGAUCUCUGCGUCUGGCGAGAAGGUUGUGAGGAAUUGUCUUGAGACGGGCAUUCUCUCUGAGGCUUAUAAUCGUGCUUUUGCGCUGCCGAAGGAGGACAGACCUGGGAAAGAGGGAAAGGGAGAGCAAAAAGAAGCCGCUCCUGAGAGUCUGGAUCAGUCGAAUCCACCUUCGACUUCUGAGGCUACUCCAACCACCGAUGCCGCAAAGGAACAACAACAACAACCCGUGCCGUCGUCAACCUCAGAUCCGGUCGAAAAAUCUACAGAGACAACAGAAACAAAAUCACCGACGCUACCGAUCGGCCCGCAUCGUGAUGUUUACUUCUACAUCCACCGUCCACAAACGAAGACAAAGAAGCCGGUUGUGGCUCCCUUGCCCCCAUCAGCAACACUAGGGUCCGUACUACGCGAACGUACGGUUCUGGAAUUCCCGACUAUCUACGCGCUGCCUGACUCGGUUGGGAAACUCGGCGCUGAAAAUGAAGACGGGAGGUUCAUUCUGGAAGAGGAGUAUCUACGGACCGCAGAUCCCGAAGAGAUAUGCGGCAAGUCCGGUGAGCUGGAGCUUCCGGAUACGGGCGCUGAGCAAGAUGUGGAAUCAGAGCUACGAGAUCUGGAUGAGAAGAAGGUGAUGGAGGUCCUGACACAGGAUCUCUUUGAGCCGGUUCCUGAACAGGGGACAUCAUGA